UUUUCUUUCUGUACAAAAACAAUCCGCAGCUGCUGCGUAUCAGAUUUUUUCGUUCUCUCGAAUAAAGCGAACAAUAAUCUCGGGAAAGUGCAAAAGUUUCACCAAUUUUCGUUAGAUAAUCGCGGAAGAUUAGCUUCGGUCGGGAUUGCUUCCUAUUUUGUGCGUUGAUCUAGCAGAAAGAGCUAUGCGUCGUCCUUGAUGUGUCAUCCAGUGCAGUGUGACAGUGUGAAAAACAGUCGCCAUUUAUCGCAGCUAGAAUCUUUCCUACCUGGGACUGCGCCCCGUCGGAGGAGCUGCCGAUAUGGACAUCGUCGGGUUGGUCAAGCGGUCGUACUCCGAUUACGGAACUAUCCUGAAGGACUCGUGGUAUACGAUAAUCGCAGAAGAGCUUAGAGAAAAUUUUGCCUGGUCAUUGAGCUUACUUUUGCUCUUUAUUGCCACGAUUUUUGGCCUGUACUGCUGGAGACGCAUCUACUUGAAAAAACUGCGCGACAAGGCCGCCCAGCUGCUGUUUCAGAACUAUGACUCGUCCCAGCUGCGCUUCCGCAAGCGCGACAAGAUGAUGUUUUAUGGCCGGCGGAUGCUGCGCAAGAUGAAGUCCAUCUCGGGCCAGGCGUACGGCGGGCAGGGCCGCAAGCGGAAGGCCGUGAUGCGGUUCGCAAAGCGAUUGCUGCACAUGCGCCGCGACAACGAUCCGAUCCAGCUGCAGGUCGUGGAACCGCCGGCCGAGUAUCUGGAGGAAGCGGCCGAGGGAAACGACAAGGUUCCACCGGACGCGCUGUACAUGCUGCAGAGCAUUCGUAUCUUUGGUCACUUUGAGAAGCCGGUUUUCUUGAAGAUUUGCAAGCACACGGAGAUUAUAAAUUUGAUUGCGGGUGAGUCGCUGAUCAAGGUUGGUGACGCGGAUGAUAGCGUGUUUAUCGUGCAGUCGGGACAGAUCAAUGUGUUUCUGAAUAAUCCGGACGGAAGUUCGAUUGCAUUGAAGGUGGUUCGUAAGGGUGAGUCGGUGACGUCGUUGUUGAGCUUUAUCGAUGUGCUUGUGGGCAAUACUAGUCAGUACAAAACGGUGACCGCAAGGGCCAUGGAGAACUCGCAGGUCAUUCGGUUGCCCAUGUUCGCCUUCAAGGAGGUGUUUGACGAAAGUCCCGACUUGUUGGUUCGGGUGAUUCAGGUCAUCAUGAUUCGAUUGCAGCGGGUCACGAUCACGGCGCUGCACAAUUAUCUUGGACUGAGCACGGAGUACAUUCAGUGUUCCUCACAGCGCAAGAAGGUUUCCGUCCCGAUGAAGAACAGUCCCGGCCAUCGGCGCGUUCCUUCGGACGUCCAGAUUCAGCCGUCGCAUUCGUUGGUUGGCCAGCUGAGCAGUGCCAGCGAGAUCCGGCCGGACAUGUUGGCCGAUUUGGCCGAUCACAUUGCCAGCCGGCGGACGUCGGCCCUGCCGAGUGAACCGAUGGAGGAAGCGCUGAUGAAGUCUAUCGCCAUUGAGGGGUUCCUCAAGGAGCUGGGUCUGCGGGAGGAAGACCGGCCUUUUAUCGAGGACAACAUUGUGCUUAAGGAGAUUGCACCGGGGACAACGCUUACGCACCAGGCCAGAAGUGAUGAUGUCAUGCUGAUAUUCGUCAUUAGUGGCGGGUUGACACUUGCCCAGUAUCCGCAAAUCAAUCCCGGGUGCAACAAAAAGUUGGACAAGUCCGAUAGUCACACAGUUACCAUCCAUCCGGGUGAUGUCGUUGGAGGAUUGGCCGUUUUGACGGGCGAAAGCAGUUUGUACACGAUCAAAGCCAAGCACUAUUCGCGGGUGGGACUGCUGAGCAAGGAAGUGAUCUACAGCAUAAUGCGUGAACGCCCAGCCGUAGUGCUGGAUAUUGCCGAUAGCGUCGUGAAGCGUUUGUCGCCGCUGGUUCGGCAGUGUGAUUUCGCACUGGAUUGGAACUUUUUGGAGUCUGGUCGGGCGGUUUAUCGCCAGGAUGAGACCAGCGAUUGCACGUACAUCGUGCUGAAUGGCCGUCUUCGGUCGGUCAUCACUCACACGAACGGCAAAAAAGAGAUUGUUGGCGAGUACGGCAAAGGAGACUUAAUUGGAAUCGUCGAAAUGAUCACGGAGACGUCCCGCACCACAACCGUGAUGGCCGUCAGAGAUUCCGAGCUGGCCAAGCUACCGGAAGGUCUGUUCAACGCGAUCAAGUUCAAGUAUCCAAUCGUGGUGACUCAGCUGAUCAGUUUACUCAGCCAUCGCAUCCUGGGAUCGAUGCAGUCUCGACCAAUUACCGGGAGCGCGUUGACGACAGUUCCGUUCGAUACGAAUCAGCAAAUUUUGCAUCGUUACUCUACGGUGGCGAUCGUCGGCAUCAGCGAGGACGUGCCGCUGACCGCGUUCACAUACGAGCUGUACCACUCCCUCUGUGCCAUCGGUUCAACGCUGAGGUUGACCUCGGAGGUGGUGCGCAAAACCCUUGGUCCCCAGAUCAUGGAACAAUCCAACGAAUAUCGGUUGACCAGCUGGCUUGGCCAGCAGGAGGAUCGGCACAACAUUGCGCUGUAUCAGUGCGAUCUCACGUUUGGCCCGUGGACGCAGCGUUGCCUGAGGCAGGCUGACGUAAUUCUGAUCGUCGGUGUCGGUGAUCGUCCGCCAACGAUCGGUAAGCUCGAGAAGGAGAUAGACCGGCUGGCGAUCAGGACGGCCAAAGAGUUGGUUCUGUUGCACCACGAGGGCGCUGCCCGGCCGAGCAACACGACCAGUUGGCUCAACAUGCGGGCCUGGGUGACGCGGCAUCACCACAUCCAAUGUCCUAAGCGCAUGUUUACGCGACGGAGUCAGUACCGCAUUAACGACUUGUACAGCAAGGUGCUCAUGUCCGAACCGAACAUCCACUCGGACUUUUCGCGGCUGGCCCGAUGGUUGACGGGGAAUUCGGUUGGGUUGGUGCUUGGCGGAGGUGGCGCACGAGGAGCGGCCCACGUGGGUAUGUUCCGCGCCAUUCAGGAAGCCGGAAUUCCGAUCGACAUGGUGGGCGGCGUCAGCAUCGGUGCCUUUAUGGGUGCCCUCUGGUGUUCGGAGAAAAACAUCACUACGGUCACGCAAAAGGCCAGGGAGUGGUGCAAGAAAAUGACCCAGUGGGGUCGUCAGCUGCUGGACCUGACCUAUCCCAUCACGUCGAUGUUCUCCGGCAGAGAUUUCAACCAAACCAUCCACGGGACCUUCGGGGACGUUUGCAUCGAGGACCUGUGGAUUCCGUACUUUACGCUUACCACCGACAUUUCAGCCAGCUGCGCGCGGACACACACUCACGGGUCCCUCUGGCGUUAUGUUCGAUCGUCCAUGUCGCUUAGCGGGUACAUGCCCCCGCUGUGUGAUCCAAAAGACGGACAUCUGCUCUUGGACGGCGGUUAUGUGAAUAACCUACCAGGGACACUGUGGCGUUAUGUUCGUGCUAGUAUGUCCGUAGCAGGAAUAUUCCCUCCUAUCUGUGAUAAUAGAGAUGGUCAUCUACUGUUAGAUGGUUGUUACACUAAUAACGUUCCAGCGGAUGUGAUGCGCGGCCAGGGUGCAGCUCACAUAAUUGCGAUCGACGUUGGCUCGCAGGACGACACCGACCUGACGGAUUACGGCGAUGACCUGUCCGGCUGGUGGCUGCUGUACAAACGCUGGAACCCGUUCACGUCACCCGUAAAGGUGCCCAACCUGCCCGACAUUCAGUCCCGGCUUGCGUACGUUUCCUGCGUCCGGCAGUUGGAGGAAGUGAAGAAAAGCGAUUACUGCGAGUACAUCCGGCCACCGAUCGAUACCUACAAGACGCUGGCGUUUGGAAGUUUCGACGAGAUCAAAAACGUUGGCUUUGAGCACGGAAAGGCCUUCUUCGAAAACAUGGCCAAAUGUGGGCGCCUGUCGCGAUUCAACCAGUGGAGCGUCAAGGACGUUCCCCAGAAGGUGACACACUCUCUGAACGAAUACUCCUUCAUCGAUUUGGCCCAAAUAGUGUGCAAAGUGCCGGAGACGUACCCGGAGCGGGGUUACUCGUCCAGCGAGGACGACUACUACGACGGUUACGCGUCCGAACCGUCCACCAUCCCGAUGAACAAGGGCUCGUCGAUGCGGAUCAUGCGGGCCGCCGGUUCGCUGUCGCUGUCCGAGAACGAGAUGGACUCGGACGAGCUCGAAUAUCCGGUGGCGUUCAAAAAACUUCAAAGUCCAACGCCCACGUCCGAUCGAAACAUCAGCAACAACAGCAGCAGCAUUCCGCUGACGCCGGAGCGGUCGUUCAAAGAUUGAAAUGUUGGGAUGGCAAUCUCCUCAGUGAUUCGUUUUACAAAUCAUUUUCGAUUAGAAUAUUUUUACCACACCAAAUCACGGUAGCUGAGAAAUAGCAGUUUACGACAAUAGUUUCAUGGUUCGCACAGCUCCUUUCAAAUGUGUACGCUUCAUGAAACAGUGUAAAUAAAAACUUAUUUUCCCUAAAAAAAA